CACUCCCAAGACAAGGGAGAGUUUAUUUACUUUCCCCAUCGACAUGAAAACGGUCAUCCAAAUCUUAUGCUUCUUCCUCUUAAUAACUUUUUACAAAUGCGCAGUCAUUACUGGGGCCUGUGAGAAGGACCUGCAGUGUGGGCCUGGGACAUGCUGUGCGAUCAGCCUGUGGCUUCGAGGGCUGAGGAUGUGCACGCCCCUGGGGCAGGAAGGGGAUGAAUGCCACCCGUUCAGUCACAAGAUCCCUUUCUUUGGAAAGCGUCAACACCACGCCUGCCCGUGCCUUCCAAACUUUAUAUGCUCCAAGUUCACUGAUGGCCGAUACCGGUGUUCAAUCGACUUCAAGAACAUAGACUUUUAACAAACAGGACAGCGCCACCGAGAUAUUUGCAUCUGGAGAACUGUGCAGCACUUCUCACUGAAAUAAGUAACCUCUCCAGCCCACCUUCCUUCCUGCCUCUUUCAGUUUUAUUUCCUUUUACUGACACUAUGUAUUGUACGUCAUGAUUGUCAAGACAAAAUAAGGGCAAGGGGAGAUUUUCAAAGGCACAAACAAUUCCUCAGUAGAUCCCCAAGCAAUUUUACAAGGACAUCCCAGAGAACUUGCACAGAG